GGCGUCGUGUUCAAUGUUCAAUGUUCAAUGUCGAAUGUCGAGUCGAUGCUUCGAGCGAGCAGCGAUCCGGAACAUCGUUCUGAACUGACUUGCAAAUUCCCGAGCUCUUGACGCUUAAUGCGAAUGCGAAUGUUUUGAAGAAAGAUUACCUUCAGAUGUGUCAUCGAAUGCAGCAGAAUAAGAAAAGGGGAGGAGAGACAUGGGCUCGUCAAGAGAGUGAUGGAGUGAGUUUGUAAUUUGGCUUUUUUGGUGGAUCGUGACGGAUCUCCCGCGAGCACUUUUCGAGAUCCGCACUGCUCUCGCUGUGCAAGAUCCCGCGAUAUGUUUGUUUAUUGUAUGACUUGCAUUUGUGCAUGAGAUGAGAUGGAGUUAUGUCGGAAGUGUUCGGAAUCUUGAUUAUGAGUCGAUGUGAUGGGUUGGGUUGGGUUCCAGGCACUAGAGGAUAGACAGAAGUGCACUUGAUGUUGCCAUUCGCCCAAAGCUCCCGGGAGUUUAGGAAAUAGGGAGUCUAUCCAGCGAGUUCCCCUUGUUGCUGGCUUCAUGGGAUUUAAGACAUGACCACCGCGCGCACCUUGACGCCAAAUUUGGAAUAAUUCUACGAGCUUAGUCGUCGGAACUACAGUAAUGGCUUAGAGCUGAGAGGGAUUUCAGCUGAGUUUCAAGAGUCAAGAUUCAAGAUUCAAGAUUCUGUCCCAGCAAGACAUGCAAGACAUGUGAAGGGAAGGAAAAUGCGAGCAUCACGAUCGAUUGAUUGAUGGUGUUUGUUUGCCCUUUAGUUUCUUUCCAUGGCUUUUGAUCGGUUAUCGUCCUUCUUCAUGCUUUGUACUCCAGUUACAGUUCCACCGUCGUGAGGAGAACGCAGUUCUUUCAGUUGUUUGAGUUUUCAUGACACAUUCAUUCGAGUAAAGUGGAAGAUUCUGAAGUCGUGGAAAAGCGAUUGCCUAUGGAUAGCGCCGUAAUGUCAGCGGCUGCACAAUACUGUGCAGAUUGCAAAGCAAGCAGGCCACGAUAUGCAAGUACCACGUUAGGAAUUUGGCUUUGCAAUCGCUGCUACGGCAUACACCGCAAUGUUGGAGCGCAUGUCACCCGGACUAAGUGUGUCGGACUCGACAGUUGGUCUACUCAGGAGCUGCACAGGAUGAAAUCCAUCGGCAAUGAGCGUGCUGCUUCGUACUGGGAAAGUAUUUUUCUCCCUCAGAACUUAUCGCCUCCUUGCUUACUUACUUAUUUUGUCUUACAGUACCAACUCGGAAGCUGAUUGCAUACUUUUCAAUCAGCUCCAUCAUCCCCUGAAGUUUUACCUCUUGUUUAUGUGACUCUUGUCAUAACAUCAGACGAUUUGGCGUCUUGCUUAUGAUUCUUAAUAGUGAAAUGUAGUAACCUCGUUGGUCAUCAUUAGGUUCAUUUGAUCUCAUUUCGAGAGUGUAGAAACUGUUGCUACGUCUGUGUCGAAGUAUACAGAAAAAUCACAGAUUACUGAUGUUGCCGCAUGCCAUUCUGGUUAUAGGUGCAGAACUAGAGAAUGGCAGACAACGUGUUGCUGUUUCAGGAUGGGGAUAUGUGCAUUUAACUUGCUUAACUCUUGCUUAGUCAACUAUUUUUACCCAUUUCUUGUUAGUAGGUCGAAAUCUUCAGAGAAUUAUCGAAAAUAUGGGAGCUGGAUUAGUAAUCAGUAAAAUGAUAUCAAGAUUUAAUGUGCAGCAGAGGAUGGAUGAGAUAAUAUGGACACUGGCAUGACCGCGUAUCAUUAUCAUAAUUUGCAAAAUCUUAUCAUACUGAAUGUUAUGCCGAUGAAAGUGUGGUAUUUCUCGUCGGGAUAUAGAAUGUCUUCGUAAUCUGAAAGAGCUAGUGCACAUUAUCAAUGAAAUAUCAUAACCGAUGUGUUUCCGUAGGAAGAGCAGAUUUUGCUGAUCUCAAGUGAUAUGCAUGUAUGUUGUCUAUCCAUUCAUAACAUGAGGUUGAGGAACUCGCCUUGAGAUUUGCGAUUUGGAGAACCAUACAGAAAUGAUGUAUGUUUGAUUAACAGGCCAGGUGCCUGAUGGUUAUAUUCGUCCAAGUCCGAAAUCCACUAAUGAGGAGGUAGAGAAGUGGAUACGCGACAAGUACGAGAAGAAACUGUAUUGUCCUCGGGACUCACCGCCCCCAAGCGUUCCUGAGCUUCCGGAGAAGCCCACGAGCUCCACACCUCAUAGAUAUAAACAAGAACAAGGUGUCAAUUUCAACAUACCACUUCCUAGAAUGAAAGUAAUCCCGACUUCAUCCGAGUCUGGCGUUGGUGGUGAUGAAGAUGAGUUCGGGAACUUCAUGCAAGCACCAUCUUGACCAGACUGAUUUGGGCCUAGCCCCAUCUUACUCCUUUGGUUUCACCUGUGUACGGCUUGAUUGGGUGUCAUGCCGAUUUCGCUGAAUCUGAACCCUCUUCAUACCAGAAAAUCUGUCGCAGGGCCCGGAGGAAGACCCCGCCUUUGAUUUCUUGAUUAUGUGCAAGUCUGCCAGACGACUAUGUACUUAGAUAGAAGGCACCGAUAUUCGAAUAUGGCAAGUGAGGCCAGGUCGGCCAAGACUUUUCCUUGGAGGCUUUUAGGCCAUGGCCAGUUAUCAUUUUUGUGAAGUGGAGUAAGUGUCAAAAAUAUUCAACUCUCGGGUUCUGUCACAAUGUGAUGAACUUCAGAGACGCAACACUCAAAUCUAAAUCGGAAACUUUUGAUUG